ACCACGCAGUACGUCCCGUCUACAAAACAACCCACGUUUUAGCAUGGUGGAGGAAGGCUAGGGAAGCUGUGCAGCGGAAGUUAUCGAAAGUCUUUAAAUUUAACACUAUACUGUGGAACGACAUAUAUUUAGAGACAAACGCAAUGGCUGAUCCUAUCAUUAAAUCAAAACAAGUGCAGAAAGAGGUCAAUGGAAUUUCAACGGAAGUCGUCUGCACAGAGUUCAGUAAUUACAUAUUUGUGGUUCUCACUCAGUAUGGCAAAAUCGGGACUCUGAUUUCAGUCACACCUGACUCCAGAACUAAUGACAUCAGCACCCCGACGUUCUCCACUAAAGUACUGCUGGGCAAAGACGAGCCUCUGACUCACGUCUGUGCCAAAAACCUGGCUAUGUUCGUGUCACAGGAAGCCGGGAACAGGCCUGUUUUACUGGGACUGGCUCUGAAAGAUUCCUCCCUGGAAACAGUUAAACAAAUUAAGGAGAUGGUCAAAGGUUGUCAAGUGUGGUGAUAAGUCCUGAAAACGACAGGAGGUCUAAAGGCUAGGAAACAGGAUAAUGAUGUGGAUCACCUCUGUCACGUUUUUCACUUAUUUUGUGCUCACAAACAUGACGGGGAAAGAUGUUAUAGUGGGAGUGAAAAAUAUACCAUUACACUGUAUAUAGCUGUUUUGUAUUUCAGAAUGCUUUUAGUUAAACUUGUGUUAAAUGAAGUUAUUAAAGGGCACUUAAAAGAGAAGA